UUCUUCAUUUUUGACACCUCCACUCCCAAAAACAACACACAAUAUUCAAGGAUGAUAGUUGGCUAUAGAAGCACAAUCAUAACCCUUUCUCAUCAUAAACUAGGAAAUGGGAAAACAAUUUCAUCCAAUGCAAUUUUCCAGAGAUCAUGUAGAGUAAGAUGCAGCCACAGUACCACUCCAUCAAUGGAUGGUUUUGAAGAUGCAAGGGAGAGAAUAAGGGAAACUUUUGGUAAAGUAGAGUUAUCUCCUUCUUCCUAUGACACAGCAUGGGUAGCUAUGGUCCCUUCAAAACAUUCACUAAAUGAGCCAUGUUUUCCACAAUGUUUGGAUUGGAUUAUUGAAAAUCAAAGAGAAGAUGGAUCUUGGGGACUAAACCCUAGCCAUCCAUUGCUUCUCAAGGACUCACUUUCUUCCACUCUUGCAUGCUUGCUUGCAUUAAGCAAAUGGAGAGUUGGAGAUGAGCAAAUCAAAAGAGGUCUUGGCUUCAUUGAAACGUAUGGUUGGGCAGUAGAUAGCAAGGAUCAAAUUUCACCUCUAGGAUUUGAAAUUAUAUUUUCUACUAUGAUCAAAUUUGCAGAGAAAUUAAACUUAAAUUUGCCUUUGGAUCAUGAUAUUAUUGUAAAUUUGGUGAAUUGCAAAAGAGAUUCAACAAUUAAAAGGAAUGAUGAAUAUAUGGGUGAAGGACUUGGUGAAUUAUGUGAUUGGAAGGAAAUAAUAAAGUUACAUCAAAGACAAAAUGGUUCAUUAUUUGAUUCACCAGCCACUACUGCAGCUGCCUUGAUUUAUCAUCAACAUGAUAAAAAAUGCUAUGAAUAUCUUAAUUCAAUCUUGCAACAACACAAAAAUUGGGUUCCCACUAUGUAUCCAACAAAGAUACAUUCAUUGCUUUGCUUGGUUGAUACACUUCAAAAUCUUGGAGUACGUCGGCAUUUUAAAUCAGAGAUAAAGAAAGUUCUAGAUGAAAUAUACAGGCUAUGGCAACAAAAGAAUGAAGAAAUUUUCUCAAAUGUCACCCAUUGUGCUAUGGCUUUUCGAUUUCUAAGGAUGAGCUACUAUGAUGUCUCCUCAGAUGAACUAGCAGAAUUUGUGGUUGAAGAACAUUUCUUUGCAACAAGUGGGAAAUAUUCAAGUCAUGUUGCAAUUCUUGAACUCCACAAAGCAUCACAGUUGGCUAUUGAUCAUGAGAAAGAUGACAUUUUGGAUAAAAUUAACAAUUGGACAAGAACUUUUUUGGAGCAAAAACUCUUGAACAAUGGCUUCAUCGAUAGGAUGUCAAAGAAAGAGGUGGAACUUGCUUUGAGGAAGUUUUAUACCACAUGUGAUCGAGCAGAAAAUAGGAGGUAUAUCAAGUCAUACGAAGAGAACAAUUUUAAAAUCUUAAAAGCAGCUUAUAGGUCACCCAACAUUAACAAUAAGGACUUGUUAAUAUUUUCAAUACACGACUUUGACUUAUGCCAAGCUCAACACCGAGAAGAACUUCAGCAACUCAAGAGGUGGUUUGAAGAUUGCAGAUUGGACCAACUUGGACUCUCAGAACAAUUUAUAUAUACUACUUACUUAAUGAGCAUUGCUGUUGUCUCCGACCCUGAAUUCUCUGAUGCACGUCUCAUGUAUGCAAAAUACGGCAUGCUCCUGACCAUGGUCGAUGAUCUUUUCGAUGGUUUUGCAUCUAAAGAUGAAUUGCUCAACAUCAUUGAAUUAGUAGAAAGGUGGGAUGACUAUGCAAGUGUAGGUUAUAAUUCUGAGAGGGUUAAAGUUUUUUUUUCUGUUUUUUAUAAAUCAAUAGAGGAGCUUGCAACAAUUGCUGAAAUUAAACAAGGCCGAUCUGUCAAAAAUCAUCUUAUUAAUUUGUGGCUUGAAGUGAUGAAGUGCAUGUUGAUUGAACGACUAGAGUGGUGGACAAGUAAGACAAUGCCAAGCAUAGAAGAGUAUUUGUAUGUUACUUCUAUAACAUUUGGUUCAAGAUUGGUUCCUCUUACAACACAAUACUAUCUUGGAAUAAACAUCUCCAAGGAUCUUUUAGAAAGUGAUGAAAUAUAUGAUUUAUGCAAUUGUGCCGGUAUAUUCAUGAGGCUCCUCAAUGAUUUACAGACCUAUAAGAGAGAACAAGGGGAGAGCUCAAUGAAUUUAGUCACAAUACUAAUGACACAAAGUCCAAGAAGAAAAAAUAUUUCUGAGGAAGAAGCUAUAAUGAAGAUAAAGGAAAUCUUGGAAAGUAAUAGAAGGCAGUUGUUGAAAAUGGUUUUAGUUCAAAAAAAGGGAAGCCAAUUGCCUCAAUUAUGCAAAGAAAUAAUUUGGUGGUCAAGCAAAAUGAUUUGUUUCACUUAUUCACAUGGUGAUGAAUAUAAAUUUCCAGAGGAAAUGAAGAAUUACAUUGAUGAAGUCAUUUACAAACCACUCAAUCAUUAA